UGAAGACGAAGGAAUAAUCAAUCAGUUAAUUAUUCCCUCUUUCUUCAAUUGAAUCUUCUUCUCCAAAACAACCCUAGCUCCAUCUCACACACACACACACACACAUCGAAUCACUAUGACGAAGCAACAAGCUAACUGGUCUCCUUAUGACAACAAUGGCGGAACGUGUGUGGCAGUAGCUGGAGCAGAUUACUGUGUAAUUGCAGCAGAUACUCGCAUGUCCACUGGUUACAACAUUCUUACUCGUGAUUACUCCAAGAUCAUUAAACUAGCGGAUAAAUGUGUGAUGGCGUCUUCAGGAUUUCAGGCUGAUGUGAGAGCUUUGCAAAAGGUUUUGGCAUCAAGGCAUCUGAUCUACCAGCACCAGCACAACAAGCAGAUGAGUUGUCCAGCUAUGGGUCAGCUUCUUUCAAACACACUAUACUACAAACGAUUCUUCCCCUACUAUUCAUUCAAUGUUUUAGGUGGCCUUGACAAUGAAGGAAAGGGGUGUGUCUUCACAUAUGAUGCUGUUGGAUCAUAUGAGAGGGUUGGUUACAGCUCUCAAGGUUCUGGUUCAACUCUGAUCAUGCCUUUCCUGGAUAAUCAACUGAAGUCUCCUAGCCCUCUCUUGCUGCCUGCCAAGGAUGCUGUUACUCCACUUUCUGAAUCAGAAGCCAUUGAUUUAGUUAAGACAUGCUUUGCGUCGGCAACAGAAAGGGAUAUAUACACUGGUGACAAGCUGGAGAUAGUAGUAUUAAAUGCUGAUGGCAUUCGUAGGGAAGAAAUGGAUCUGAGGAAAGACUGAUUUCUUGUGCUCCGUUCCUUAGUUUCUUAUUCGAUUAUGAAAGAUUGGCUGUUUAAACUUAUUGUAAUGAAGUGAAUUUCGUAAUGAUGAAAAGAUUGCAGUUUAAACUAAUUUAAUUUGAAAAAGAAAGUAUAUAAGUGACUUAGAGGGGUUGUUGGGAGAUUCAUUGUCAGGUCAUGACCGUGGAGUGUCCUUGAGAAACUCUCUGUAGGGCUUUCUUCCAAGUUGAUUUUAUGUAUUUGAUAAGCUUUCAUUAGAAAGGAAACCUGUUGGGAUCAGAACGGUACUUCUGUUUCUUCUUAAAAAUUAUGAAAGGUUCUUAAUGUAAUCACCAUCAUCUGACAUUUGGCCAA